GCAAACACCAUUGCGUGGGUGGCACUCUUCUCUUCUCCCACUACUACUACAAAAUGCCACUCUCUAUGAUCAAUGUUACCAGCUGCGCACUAAAACCUAUUUCACUUCAUUUCAUUUCAUCUUCCGCUGCCGCCCACUCUUCUCUUCUCUCACCGAAGGAGUUUUUUUGACAUAAAAAUGGCAACUGUGACGGGUUCUUGUGUAGUGUCGAGAAGCGCGUGCCUCAAUUAUCAACAGGGAGGAAGAACAACAGAUCCUAAACUGAAUUUGCCUCAGAAUAUAACUCUUAAUAACCAAGCAUUUACUUAUGUUGGUUUGAGACCUCUAAAUAAGCUUCACGUGCGAACCGCACGUGCUACCAAUACUUGUUCUAACAAGAGGAGUGAAAAAAACUGUUUGGGGAAAAUAGUGUGUGGAAUGAACUUGGUGUUUGUUGGAGCUGAAGUUGGACCUUGGAGUAAAACUGGAGGACUUGGUGAUGUUCUUGGAGGACUUCCACCUGUUUUGGCCGGAAAUGGACACCGUGUUAUGACUGUGUCACCACGUUAUGAUCAAUACAAGGAUGCAUGGGAUACUAAUGUCACGGUGGAGAUCAAAGUUGGAGAUAGAAUAGAAACUGUGCGUUUCUUUCACUGCUACAAGAGAGGAGUUGAUCGUGUUUUCGUGGAUCACCCUUUUUUCCUUGAGAAGGUGUGGGGGAAAACCGGUUCAAAACUCUAUGGCCCUAAAACUGGUAUUGAUUAUAAAGAUAACCAACUUAGAUUCAGUUUGUUGUGCCAGGCUGCACUUGAGGCACCAAGGGUUUUGAACUUAAACAGCAGCAAAUAUUUCUCAGGACCAUAUGGCGAAGAUGUAAUCUUCGUAGCCAAUGAUUGGCACACGGCUCUUCUUCCAUGCUACUUGAAGUCAAUGUACAAGCCUAGGGGGAUUUACAACAAUGCAAAGGUAGCCUUUUGUAUUCAUAACAUAGCCUACCAGGGUAGACAUGCCUUCUCAGAGUUUUCCCUUCUCAAUUUACCUAAUGAGUUCAGAAGCUCUCUCGACUUCUUUGAUGGGUAUGAUAAGCCUGUGAAAGGAAGGAAACUCAAUUGGAUGAAGGCUGGAAUAUUAGAAUCCGACCGAGUGUUCACUGUAAGUCCACAUUAUGCCAAGGAACUUAUUUCCGGAGAGGACAGAGGUGUGGAGUUGGACAAUAUCAUUCGUUCAACUGGUAUCACUGGUAUCGUGAAUGGCAUGGAUCAUCGAGAGUGGAGUCCGCAAACUGAUAGAUACAUAGGCUUACAUUAUGAUGCAACAACCGUCACCCAAGCAAAAUCUCUGUUGAAAGAAGCUCUUCAAGCAGAGAUUGGGUUGCCUGUUGACAGGAGUAUCCCAUUGAUAGGGUUCAUUGGCAGGCUAGAAGAGCAGAAAGGUUCGGAUAUUCUCGUUGAAGCUAUCGCAAAGUUCAUUGACCAGAAUGUUCAGAUAAUAGUUCUUGGAACAGGCAAAAAGAUCAUGGAGAAGCCAAUUGAGCAGCUGGAGGUAAUGUAUCCUGACAAGGCAAUAGGGAUAACAAAAUUCAACAGCCCCUUGGCUCACAAAAUUAUUGCUGGAGCUGACUUUAUAGUGAUCCCAAGUAGAUUUGAGCCAUGUGGUCUAGUUCAGUUGCAUGCCAUGCCAUAUGGAACGGUGCCAAUAGUUUCCUCAACUGGCGGCCUCGUUGACACUGUGAAAGAAGGUUAUACUGGAUUCCACGCCGGACCAUUCAGCGCACAGUGUGAUACUCUUGAUCCCGAUGAUGUAAAUAAGUUAGCAAAUACCGUAAAAAGAGCCCUUCGAACCUACGGUACCCCAGAGAUGAAAGAGAUAAUCCAGAACUGCAUGGCCCAAGAGUUUUCAUGGAAGCGACCGGCCAAACUAUGGGAGAAGGCGCUGUUGAGCCUAGAAGUCACAGGCAACGUACCUGGAAUCGAUGGAGAGGAGAUUGCUCCUUUUGGAAAGGAAAAUGUGGCAGCUCCUUGAGCAUCACCAAAGAUAUUGUCAUUUUAUAUAUAUGGUCAUGAUCAAAAUCGUAUCGCAAGCUUGAAGAUCGUAAUAGGCGAAUGGGUUCUAAGGAAGGGACCUAAUUGUUCUAUAAUGGAGCAUAGUUGAAGGUCCUUUUCAAGCAACGUAUAUAUAUAGCUAAAACUAACGUAAGGUUUGUUUGAAAUAAGAUCCUGUAAGCAAUCAAUGAAAUUUGAAGAACAUAUGUUAAUGUUAUAGGAAGUUAAAAUGCAGUUCUAAGUGAAUAAAGGCCUAUUCCAUGUUGUUCAUAUGGCAUCUAGUCUUGGACUUCAUAAUUAUAUGAAGGAGCAUGUCAUGUUUUUGUGUUUA